AUGAGCUGGCAGUCUAACGCUCAAGGCAAAAGAGCGAGUCUUAUCGAGCUGAUUCCGCUGAAAUGGCGAAUUCCAACUUCCGACAUCCCAUCCGUCACCAGACUUCGCGACUUUGGUGAAUACAUAUGUCGGUUCCUUGAUCGUCGGGAGCUGGAAAUCACCAAUGCACCCAGCAGUAGGAUUUUGGCCAACAUCCGAUCUGGAGAAUGGACAUCCGUGGAUGUCACCAGAGCUUUCUGUCAUCGCGCAUCAGUCGCGCACCAGCUGACCAAUUGCUUAUCGGAAAUCUGCUUUGUGGCCGCAGAGCAACGGGCAAAAGCGCUGGAUGAGUCUUUUCUUCGGACUGGCCAGACGGUAGGACCACUACAUGGACUUCCAGUCAGUCUGAAAGACAGGUUCAAUAUCGACGGACUCGAGUCCGCUUGCGGCUAUGUGAGCUGGCUUGGGAAAGAAAAAAGUGAAAAUGACGAGGGCAUAUUAGUCAAGCGAUUACGUCGCAUGGGCGCUGUCUUUUUCGUUAAAACCAACGUACCGAUGAGUAUGCUGUUGCCAGGUUUGCCAGUCAAUGGAAGCGUAGUUGGUCCUAUGGCAGGUGAUUUACCGACAAUAGAAAUGGCUAUGAAGGUAGUGCUCGAUACUUUCCCUUGGCAAGAUGAUUGUGAUGUUUUAGAGAUGCCUUGGAGAGAAGAAAAGCUUCAAAACAUUCGGAGUCGGACGGCUCGACACCGCGAGAGAGAUGGAAAGCUUGUCUUUGCCGUCAUGAGUUGUGAUGGAAACGUACAAGUACAUCCGCCGGUGCAGCGAGCUAUGGCGCUCGUCACGAAAGCUCUUUUGCAACGCGGCUAUGAGGUUAUCGAAUGGCAGCCGCCACCGCAUCAUGACGCAGUUCAGACUCUAGUAAGGCAGCACACAGCAGACUCAACUCAGGGCUGGUUCCAAAUACUCGGAAGUACAGCAGGGAAGGAGGUUCGCAACGCUAUAGACGCAAGCGGGGAACCUCCUGUCCAUCAAUUACAGACCUGGUACGACAACGAUAACGUGGAACCUUCGUCCAGUGCAGAAUUUUGGGAUCUUUGUAAUCAACGAGACCAGUAUCGCUCGGAAUACAACCAAUAUUGGACAUCAACGCGAGAAAAAAACGUUGCCAAAAGACAAGUGGACGGUGUCAUCAUGCCUGUGGCUCCAACGGCGGCGGUAGAAGAGGGGUGCUUUGAUUACUACGCCUACUCCGGCAUUGUCAACCUUCUCGAUUACACUUCCGGCAGCUUUCCCGUCACCUUUGCCGAUCGUUCUAUCGAUGUCGAGACACCUGACCACGUUCCCUUGAAUCCGACCGACCGUGCAGUAUGGCGCACAUAUCAGAAAGACUUGUUUGACGGAGCCCCUGUUGGUCUACAGGUCAUGGGCAAACGCUUCGAGGAAGAAAAGGUCUUGGGCCUGAUGGAGGCGCUGACUGCCGCGUUGCAGGAUUUCUCGGUUGGUCAGAUAGGCGAGCCAAGCAGCCCCUUUUGA